AUGAGUUUGAUGGAUCCUUGGGGCAGUGAAAUUGGGAAUUCUGAGGUUCUAUCAGAGUUUGAAGAUAAUUUUCAACCAACUUCCGUAUCGGAGAAGCUAUCCGAUUCUGAACAGUAUCUCGCAAUUUUAGAGCGCAAACUGAAGGCAGUCAAGUCCAAGAAUAAAGUAGUUGAGAACUUAGCAGCAUACAGGGCUGAUUGCAUUGACCGAUUGAUGCGUGAGGGCUGUGACCUCGACCCGGUCAUAGGAGAUACAGAGAACGAAAAACUGUUGCAGGAGUAACUUCUCAAAUUAUUUAAGAAUAUUGUAAGUAAUCAUGGCAUCCGCAUCUGCUAUUAAUAUUGAUUUAUCAGGGGCUACCUACUGUGUACUUUCAGGGGCCUCACAGGGAAUAGGCCGGGCUAUUGCAGUGGAACUGUCAAAGCACCUUGGCCCAAAAUCCUUAAUGUUACUAUUGGCCCGUAACAAAGAGGAACUUGCUAAGACAGCCGACCUCUGUAAAUCUGAUAAUGUUAAUAUUGUUUUUGAGUCUAUGGAUCUCUCUAAAGCAUCUGCAGCAGACAUGCUCAGUGUGAUUCAGUCUUCUCUAAAAGGGUACAAUGUUACUGAUUUUGCAACCAGUGUCAUUUUCCAUAAUGUUGGCUCACUGGGCAACCUGUCAGUGGAGACUGAGCGCAUGGAGAAUGUGGAGGAAAUGAGACAUUACUAUGAUUUAAAUGUGUUCAAUGUAAUCUCUCUGAAUACUCAAUUCCUCAAAGUUUUCGAGGAUGUUGAAGACAGAGUUGUUAUUGUGAAUGUGACAUCUUUGUGUGCCAUUAAACCUAUGAGUGGUAUGGCCAGCUACUGCAGUGGUAAGGCUGCUAGGGAGAUGUACUUCAAGGUACUGGCUGAGGAGAAGAAGCACAUCAGAGUGUUGAACUACUCUCCUGGACCUGUGGAGACAUCUAUGAUUGACUAUGUGUUGGCUGAAACAGUCAAUGCUAACUUGAGGGAGGUAUUUACAUCAUUUAGGUCCCAAGGUGCUCUGCUAAAGCCAGAAAUAACUGCAAAGAAAUGUUUGAAAGUCCUCUUGCAGGGCAAAUUCAGUCCCGGUGAGCAUGUGGACUAUUUUGAUGAUGAGUAGAUAGAUAUCUUCCACUAUCUAGGAGUAGCUUUCUUACUUGAAUAUUUGCCAAACUAUCAAUGAGAUUAUAAAUUAUUAGCUUCUAUAUACUAUAUUAAUAUGCUGUAAUAAUCUAGAUUAUUUCAUAUCAAUCUGUGUUACUGACUAAGGUGUUUCAAUGUCUAGAGGUGAUUUAGAACAUAUAUGUGUCUAGCUGUUGGAAUCCUAUAACACCAUUCUCUUUAUGUGUGAUGUGUCUUGAUGACUAAUGUUGAUAACCAGAAUCUCAUAAAUACAUGUAUGUAAAAUCUGUUAUGUGUUCCAUGUUCUAAUAUGAAAUGUCUAGAUAUGUAAUUGUCUGUUCUUUAUAAAUAGUUUCUGACAAAAUAUUAAAUAAAGAUUACAUUUACCAUAGUUGGUAUUACAUAUUUUAUGAGUUACCUGCUUUUGUAAUUUAUUUGUUAAGUUUUCCAGAACAAACUUCGAGCUGAGUUCAAAUGAACAAAAAUGAAAAUUGUGAUUAGUUAUUUAUUUUUGUUAUUAGAAGUAUUUGAACAAAUUUUAUUAAAUGUUAUUUAAGUGAAUAGGUAGAAUUUUGUCAGAAACAGCAAAUGUACCCAUCAUAGUACUUGGCAUAAUAAAAUUUCGCAAUGAAUCACUUUGUGGUGUGGUAAUUUGAGUCGGUUAGUGUCACGUGUACUGUGUACUGGUACCAUGAUGGUGUCAAAUGAAACAUUCCAUAGUAAAGUAACAUACCUAUAUGUAUACGUAACAUUCCAUAGCGUCAUGUAUCAAGUAGUCUUAUGAAUGCAAUUCAUAUUAACAAUAAAUGCUUGAAUUAAAGUU